GUAAUUCAUUGUAUCAGAUUGAGACAGGAGGAAGCAGCGACAGCGACUCGACUGGUCGGCGAAGCGACUCUGCCCCGUGAAACGCACAAAACUCCGACUGCUAGCCACAUAAACUACAGGGAUGGCAGCCAUCCGUAAGAAGCUGGUGAUAGUGGGGGAUGGAGCUUGUGGAAAGACUUGCCUUCUGAUUGUCUUCAGCAAAGACCAGUUCCCUGAGGUCUACGUCCCCACUGUGUUUGAGAACUAUGUGGCUGACAUAGAAGUGGAUGGCAAACAGGUGGAGCUGGCUCUCUGGGACACAGCAGGUCAGGAGGACUACGACAGGCUGAGACCUCUCUCCUAUCCAGACACUGAUGUCAUUCUCAUGUGCUUCUCCAUAGACAGCCCUGACAGCUUGGAAAACAUUCCAGAGAAGUGGACCCCAGAGGUGAAACACUUCUGUCCCAACGUUCCCAUCAUCCUGGUAGGAAACAAGAAAGAUCUGCGCAAUGACGACCACACACGCCGAGAGCUGGCCAAAAUGAAGCAGGAGCCGGUGAAGUCAGAGGAGGGCAGGGACAUGGCAGGCCGGAUUGCAGCAUUCGGCUACAUGGAGUGCUCCGCUAAGACCAAGGACGGUGUGCGAGAGGUGUUUGAGAUGGCCACCAGGGCGGCACUGCAGGCCCGCCGUGGAAAGAAGAGCAAUAAAUGUGUACUGCUGUAAUACGGCAGACAUAUUUGGACUGUUUUUACCCCGGGCUACUGUGCCCGGGGCUAGGGCUCGGGAGGGACAGAGGGAUUACUAGAUGGGAGAGGGAGGGAGGGGAAGCAAAGACUGCAGUAAACGACUACCGCUGUAAAAUGUUUGUUGGACUGAAUUUUACCCUGGGACUUGGGUUUGGGAGGCAUUGACGGAGAGGGACGGGUGGGUGGAAGCAUGGAUGGGGGAGGAGGGAGCACAGUAAAUGACUACCGCUGUAAACCAUUGGGCUCUUUAGCUGUGGACUUACCAUCAAGGUGGUAAAAUUGACACCAGCCACACGCUGGUACAUUUUGUCUUUUCAACAAGCCACUUACACUGAUGAAGAUCAUUAGGAGAUCCUGGUCUUUAUCUAAAAAAAAUAAUCCAAGACUGGUAAAACCGAUAAAGUAGCUGGUAAAUUAUGGGAUGUUCCAGUGACUGUGUUCAGUUUGGGCAACAAAAGUUUAGCAUCCUGCCUGAAUGACCUGACAGAUGGACAGAGGCAAACAGACGGCACAGUAAACGAGUACCACUAUUAAUGGCUUGUCCCUGGAAUUAGGGCUCAGGGUGUGUUGUAGUGGGACAGGUAAAGGGAUGGGAAGAGUGAAGUGCAGUACGUGGGUGCUGUACUGAAUAGUACUGUAUACACCAAACCAGGGCACAGCUUGCAGUUUUCAUAGUUCUGCACGUUCAACUUACGUGUUGUAUACUGUAGUUACUUUGGCAGGUUAUCUGAACAGCUCCAAAAGUAGACAAAUCACCAGUAAAUUUUAUUAAUCAGGUGCUCCUUAAAACGGUGCUUUAGACAGGUUAGAAGUUGAUCAGCUUGCAGUUUAAUUGAACAACAUACAUUUGUAUUUCUGUAGUGAAAAAAUAAGGCAUUUAGAAAAAGUUGUAUCCAGUGUUAAAAAAGUCGUCAGGUGCUCGGGUCUUAUGUGCUGUAUUAUCAGAGAGCUACGUGCUCACAUGUCCUGCUCAGUGCCAUUUAGUCUCUCACUGUGACUAAUCCUAUGCGUACAGACUCACAGUGACAAACACAUUGAGCCAUACACUUACUGAGAUGAUCUGUUCCAAUCACUGAUUAGUAAAUGCUCUAUUAUAUUUUGUAGAAAAACUGCCGCUACUAGUGUACAGUUUAAAUUGAAAGGCACUUGCCCUCUGCUAGGUUUUAAAAGUAAACCUACUUACUUACUGUGCAUAAUCAUCUGAUCUGUUAUACAAAGUGGCUCUAAUCGUCACCUGUAUUCCAGCAGCUGCUUCCUCUAUUAGUGAUCCCAUGGUAGCAGUGUUGCAGAGGGCAGUGUGAACUUACUUCCAAAGAAGCAGCAUUGUGACGACCUCAGUGUCAGGGCAAGACAUUCAAAUGAUCCUUAUGCUGGUGAAUCUUUACUGCAGUUGGUUUGUCUACUUUAGGAGGUGAUCAACUAUCACCUGAAGGUUCUUUUUUUUCUUUAAUAUAUUCAUCAAAGAAUCAGUGGCAAUUGAAUUGUGAUCAGAGUAGCUUCCUGUCCUGAGUAACUCUUCCCACAGCUCAGCUCCCAUCCCUUCCUGUUCCACAUAGCCGACUGCUGGUGCUCAUCUUCCCCUGGUUUUGAGACCAGGACAAAGACAAAGGAGAGUACUGUGUUUACAUGCACACCACUGAUCUCCUUAUUUUUGUGUGUGUGUAGGCAUGCGUAAAGGUCAAAUGUACAAUAACCAGAACUAGUUCAUGUUUGAGGGGGGAAAAAAAAAAAAAGGUGCCUGGGAGGUUAUCCACCAUAUUUAGACAUGUCUGCCUUUAACUGGUUAACUGUUGGUACCGGACUUCAAAAGACAAACAUGACAUGUGACAUGACCUUUGUAUCCAGAAUACUGUGCAUGUAAAUACCAGAAUUGUCAAGGUUGGGCAACCUGAUAGAUUUUGGAGUACUGCAUGCAGGUAAUCUGCAUCACUAACUAUGAGGGUGAGAAUUUGACACCUCCUUUAUGUUGGAAAUGUUUUAAUUUGGGGUAUUUUUGUCUGCCCUUACAGGAUUUUUGAUUCUAAAAGUGGUAAGAGUGGGCGGUCAUUUAUCAGCCACCAGCCUUUCCUGACUUUUCUGUGUUUUACUGCCAGAUUCAGGCUCUCAACAGUGUUUGACCCCCAUGUUCUUCUUCCUGGCUUACAGGGUGGACCCUGUUCCAGAAACCUAGUCUUGUGUUGUUGUUUUUACACUUAAUUUCCUGCUUUUUAAAACAAAAAAUGUCAUAUGUUGUCUAUCAGUAUUUAAAAAUAGGAGGUGGAAGACUAGGGGACUGCUAAUGUGUUGUUGCUUUAGUUUAUCCUUUUUUCGUGCUUUACCUGAAUUUUUCUGAUGAUUUACAGUUGGUGGUUACAACCCCUCAAUCGUCCCUGCCAAAUGCUGUUGUUAGGCAGUCAGGAGAAAGGCUGGCCUCUCGGCUGCCUGUCUAGAGCGUCGCUAGGACCACGUGCGCCGGCUCUUUUUCUGUUUGUUUGUUUUGAACACAAACUUGGCUGAAAAGACUAAAGGAAAAAAAAACUUAACCGCCUUUUAUUAUGUACAAAUCAGUUUUAUUUCUUGUUUUAUGUAUUUUUAAAAUCCUAAUUUUGGAUGCUGAAGCAGUGAUGUAAACAAAGGAACAGGAAAACCAAGCUGUAUGCAAAAGUCUGUAAAUAUAAAAUGUGGGUUUGUUCAUACUAGACUAUACACACGCACAGGACUGGAAAUUGUAUUUGUAAACUAGCUUUGGUUUGUGUAAUAAAUUACUUUCUAUAACA